CUGAUCAGUCGUAAAACUUGUGUUCUUUGAUCGGCAUCCACGAUUUGUUUUAAAUUACUACUGCGAAGUUUAUACCGCAGAAAUAGAAUACUUAGGAUUAUUAAUUGAAUACCCGCAAGUUACAAAAAUUGAACAAAAUGGCACAAGAUACUGAAAAUUCAGCUGAAAAUGAAAAUGAAGUUACAGAAAGUACUUCUAAUGCUUCUAAUAGAGUCAUCAGUGAAUUACCGGGAAGGCCAUUUGCUAUAACCAUGGAGGUACCAUUAUUUUUAACUCUGUUAGCUGUAUCACUUUCAGGAACAGCAAUUAGUAAUAUUAUUUUAUAUCGGACCUGUGUUUACUCCCUAAACCACAGUUUAGAUGAAUGCAAAAUUUUUCUUACUCCUGAAAAAUCCAAUGUGACACAUAAGUUAGAGGAAGAAGUGCAGAAGUAUGCUACAUUCAUACAGACAGUUAAAACAGUAUUAGAGUCUAUCAGCCCGGCCAUACUUUCCAUGUUUCUUGGUGUUUGGUCUGACACUCAUGGCAGAAAACCCCUCAUAGUAUGGUCUUUACUUGGUAUCACAAUGUCUUCCAUGUUGGUCGUCAUCUACAGCAUGAUGCACCUUGGCCCAUGGUGGUAUGUUCUCACCUCCAUACCUUUCGCAUUCACUGGAGGGAUCAGUGUAAUCUUUACGGGGGCCUACUGCUACAUAGCUGAUAUCACGACAAAAUCGACGAGAUCGCUCAGAAUAACAAUAUUAGGAGCAGCGGUGUCAGCUGGGAGUGUGAUGGGAUCGCUGCUGAGCGCAUACCUGAUCAAGGCGGUGGGAAACGUCUACCUUCUGCUGAUAGUGACGGCUUUGUACGUCAUAGCGUACGCGUUCACUAACAUCCAUCUGAAGGAGUCCCUGAAUGGGGCUAUACCGGGUGGUCUUAUGUCAGUUCUGGACUGGUUACUCGUGAAGGAAAUGUUCAGAGAUUGUUUCAAGCGGCGUCCAAACUACUUAAGAGCUCAGCUGCUUCUGCUAACAUUUGCCAACAGCUUGUCAGUAUUCAUGCUCUAUGGCCUCUACGGACUGAGCUACAUGUAUACCAGAGAGAAACUCCACUGGGCUCUGAAAGACUACACGCAGUUCUCAGCUGUGGAUACUACUAUAUCCUUCGCGGGGUCAUUUUUUGGAGUAGGAGUGCUCCAGAAAUACCUACCUAUUGGAGACAUGGCCCUUUCAAUCGUGGCGCUGGUGACGGUUGCAAUCUCGUAUAUGAUCAGGGGAUUUGCUACGACUACAUGGCAUUUCUAUUUGGCUGCUGUCAUUAACGUAUUCAGUGGGCUUUCGUCGCCGCUGAUAAGAUCCUACUUAUCCAAGGUCAUGCCGAUGGAGGAUAUUGCUAAAGUAUUCGCUCUGAUGGGCGCCAUAGAAGGCCUGGCCCCGAUAAUUUCUCCAGUGUUGUACAACGCCUUAUACGAGUUCACGAUCAGUUCGUUCCCUGGAGCUAUUAUGUUGUUGACCAGCGGACUUUGUUUGGUCUGCGCUACGAUGCUGAGUACCGCUGUUUACUACAGAUGGCGUGCCAGCGUGCCCAACUACCAGCCAUUGGAAAUAAACUCGUAGAUAAAUAAAGAAUAUUAUAAUAUCAAACAACAGCUGUUGAUAUUGUGAUAAAAUACGUAAGUAUAAGACUGCAAGAUACGCAAUAAUAGGUGCUUAAAAAAGGUCAAUCAUUUGAAAUGUGUUCUGCCAUGCUUAGCAAUAUUUUACAAGAACAAUGUUAAUAAUAGGUAUUUUAGUAAGUUACUCAUACAUAUUAUUCUGAACAGAAAACAUAAUUUAAUAAGUAAUAAUUCUAUUAACGUUUUUUGCACCGUGUGCAUGAUGUAUUAAUAGGAGUAAAUUUUUAUUUUUAUUUUACUAGGACUAGUCUAGAGGUGACUCCCAUACUCAUAGACUAGUGAGACUACUAACAUUUUAGCUGAACCUUUUUUAUCUAGUUUAAUCAUCAAGACAGGUAUCACAGUUAUUUUAUGAAAAAAGGUGUUGUAAUUUUUUAAUAAAAAAGAAUUUGAUUAAUUACAAAAGACACAUAAAGGUGACUCACAUAGACUCGUGAGACUAGUAACAUUUUGGUUAAGGCUUUUUUUAUCUAGUUUGGUCAUCGUAACUAGUGUCACAGUAAUUUUGUAUAAAAAGGUGUUUUAAAAUGUUAAAAAAAAGAUUUUGAUUAA